CAGAAUGUGUGGAUCUUCUCCUACAACUGAGGGAACCUGCAGAUGAACUGUGUGAUGAAUUCUUAGCACAGUAAGAAUUGUAGACUAAACAAAUUCAAGUUCUGAAAAUCUCAACACUGAAUCUGAGCAGGGAACAUAUUGAAGACAUACAAAGCCCUGUGCAAUUUGGCCAAAGACAUUCAGAAAAACAAUUCAACCAGAAUAACAUUCAGCUAAAAAAUUGCAAUUUUUCUCAAUCUUAUUUGUUGAUGACUGAGAAAUGUUCUUAUUUCAUUUUGUGUAGGGUUCUUUUCUUGGUUACCAUUUUAGUAAAAUACUAAUAUAAUUUUAAAGUAAUCAUUUUAUCCCAGGCAUUGUACCAUGUAUAGGUAUCAAUUGUUCUGCUUGGAAUGAAGUAAUGAAUAAACAAACGUUGACCAACUGAUUGAUUUUAAAUAGUGCACAAGAGAGACUAGAUGAAAGUCUUAAAAUGCUUAAGGUGCAAGUGGAAUUAAAGUUGUCAGGAGAUAUACCAGUGGCUGCCAAAGGUGGGUCUCUAUGUUGUUUGCACUUCAUUUCAGAACUUUUCUGGUAACAAACUCUCAGUGUUGAAGUCUGAGGGUAAACAAGGCAGACUCUUAAAGAAUCUGUAUUUGUUACCUUGAGAAGGUGUUGAGGAAUUUUUUAUCUAAGAACCAUGGCUGGCCUGCAUGACAUGAUUGAUAAAAACUUCAGUCACUUACUGAUCUUUUCUGGACAUUGAUCACAUUUAUCGAUUGUCAUUCACAUGGGCAUCAGUUGAUGAAGUACACUAAAUACAGCUGUACAUUUUAAUUAAUAUAAGGCCAUGUAAUAGUCAAUUAGCAAAAAAAUAAAAUUUAUUUAGCAUGAGAAACUGCUGGAAUAUAUCUUCAAUGACUUUAUCCAUGUUUUAAAAUUUGGAAAAAAAAAACAGAGGGAGAAGAAAAAGAUCAAGAACAAGAAGGAAAACCAGUGAGACCCAUGGUGAGUUGUGACUUGUGUUAUGCUAUUUCUUCCUAUCAGUGUAAGCUGUGAAUCAAAGAAGAUUUUGUAAAACUCAAAAUGAUGGAAAAAAAUUAAAUUAUGAAAGUAAUGUUUUAGCAACAGUGUAUUACCAACAAAUAUACAUGUCAAACAAUAAACAAUUAGUAGCAAAAUUUCCGUACCAAAUAAAAUUCAUGCAGGUACUUUUAGAACAUGCUCUCUGUCCAUGACUAAAUUUGAGACUAGCAAUGAUUUAAUAGAUUAUAAUUUUUCAGAGAACCAAAUAAGAGGAAGUCUUACCUUAAACGUCUUAACACCUUAAAGCAGAGCCCACUGGGUAAUGAUAAGGGAGGGAGGGUUUGAUAAAUAAAAAAAUAGAAAUGAAUAAAACAGAAUUGAAUUGCCUGAAGAGAAUGGCAGGUUUAACUUAUAAAAACAACAUCAGUUGGUGGAGUCAUAAACUUUUUGUGUUAGUGGGUCAGCAGUCUGACAAAUUUUUCUCCAUAGGACUUAUUGGAGUUCAUUGACUGUGGCUGUAAUGGCUUCCUGAGUUCAAUCUGUUUGGUGAUUGCAUCCUACAAGGAACAAUUUAUUCAAAGGCAGAUGACAGAGUAAGAAGAAAAACUAAUUUUGAACAUGUCAUUUCAUUCUUUAGUUACAUGCAAUUUUGUCAAAGAACAAAAGCUAAAAUUGAAUCCCAGUUUCUUAUGAACCAAGACCUCAAUAAACUGGGCUCAAGAAGUUCUCUCACUCUCCUCGAUGGGGUUUGAGUCCUUGACCAGCAGUUUACCAGCAUUUGGUUGUAAUCCUGUUGCAUACCAGAUUGUUUUAUUUUUAUUAAUUAAAGGAAUAUCAGUUUUCUUGAAAAAGAGGAAGCAAAGGGGUGAAAUGCAUCUAGGAAGCCCCUCUCCUCCCUAGCUAUGUCUUUGACCAGAUUAUUUUUCCCAAGAUGAUAAGAGAACUUUAUGGGUUGCUUGGAAAAAAAACCCAAGGUAACAUCUGGUAUAUUGAUACAUUCUCCUUCCCAAUUUUUCAGUAUUCCAGUGUGAAACACAGAGAGAAUUUUAUGUUGUAUCAAAUAACACUUUACAGGCUUUAUUUUGUCUAUCCAAUAAACUUCUAUGAGAGAAGGCCUAAAGGUUUGAGGAAAUUUUAGUGAUGCUAGGAAUGCUAUGUAUCUUAGUAUCUUAGUAUCUUAGUAUCUUAACACACUGAAGAACAUGAAUUACCUUUAUGUCUCUUCUAGGCAUGGCCAAGAUCAGCAAGAUUUGGCAAAGAUAGUUACGGAGAAACUAUCUAAUUUCAUUCUAUCAUUGAUGAGUGAGUACUUCAAACUUACAGAAGCCAGGAUUGAACUAGAGGUGAUUUGUUGGUCUUAUUUCUGUUAACCCUAAUAACCCCUAAGAGUGACUAGCAUCUAAUUUUUGCUUACAGUAUCACCCCUGAAUCACACAUUAAGGUCACAAGAAUAAAAGAAAUGAUUUCCAACUGAAGAAGCUCUUGAUUGUAAAACAAAUUCUCCCUUUCAACACCUCGGGAAAUGUAUAGAGAACAGUAUGGAGAAUAUGCAUACUGAUGUUAGGUUGUAUUUAGGGUUAAGCUAUAGACGUGAGACUCAUCUCAAAAAUUAUUGGUAAGAACACCAUAGAUUAAUGUAGCAGCAGGCACUCUAGGUCCUCUGGUUCUAUAGUGUUAAAAAAAACGAAUUCUGUAAAAUCAAUUUUCCAUGCGUUAGAAUUCGUUCAUGAACCAAAAACAAAGGAAGAUCUUGUUAAUGACAGCUGAGUAUAUUUGCACUUGAAAGCCACUUCGUUUCAACAAACAGUUGAAAGAACCUUGAGAGACAUGAUAUGAGAGAAUGUGCAAGCCUUAUGCAUACAUCUAGUAGUAACACGUUUGUUUCUUUCAGUCGGAUACUGGUGACAAUGUACUGUUAGUGCGAGCACUAGAUCGCUUUCACCGAAGACUUCAAGCAGUUCAGCAGCUCCUUCCCGAGAUUGGCGUUGGACGGUAAGUUCCUGUAAAAUAAUUGCACUUUCUUAUGAAAUUUCUUCUGAGGAUCAAGUACUCUUGUUGGACUCUUCCAAACUCGAGUAAAUUUUCCAAUCUCGAUAAUAAACUUCUUCCUUUAAAUUACCUUUGUCUUUGGUCAAGACCCUACCCACUCAAAUAUACAAUAUUUGGGUUACUGACUUUGUCCAUUGUUCUUAGUUCGGGAGCAAAUAUAGUGGUUCGGUCUGCUCACAAUAGAGUGAAAGACUACUCGAAAAGCCUUCGACAGCACUUUGCCGGUAAGUACUCAGUACAGAUGGCUUCUGUAAGUCUUUCCUUUGAUCAUAGAGCAGGUCGAGUACUGAGUUAGCUGUGCAUUUAAGGCUAACUUUUCCUUACACUCUUUUGUAAACAGUAGUUGACAGACGCUUAUUUUCCUCUUACACACGGCUGUUUGAAGUGAAAGUUAUUGUGAUGUUGUCAAGAGUUUGUUCUGCAAACGGUCUGCUACUCUUAAUCAGUGCCAGAUACUCAAUUUUUCUUGCGGGUGAAGAACACUCGUUGCGUAACGCUAAUUAUGUGGGCUUGUUAAGCGAAAGUUAAAGAGGAGAUUUGAUUGAUAUGCUCAUCAGUGCUAGACAUCAGCUUCCACAAAUGCCGUCUGACUAGUUUUUAUUGUGUUCAGUUUGUUUAACAGAUACCAGACAAACCCUUGCAACUCCGUCAGGAAGCGACAAACCACCUUCCCUGUCGGAUUUGUUGUCAACCAUGACUAACUCUCUCACCAACCAGGUGAAGCUGAUCCUUUGCAGCUUAAAGGUUUGUACACCCAAUCAGUCAGUCAGUCACUCACCAACCCACCCAAACAAUUAAUAAACUCGGUCAAGUAGUCAGUCAGUCAGUCGCUCGAUCACCCAAUGAAUCAAUCAGUCAGUCAGUAAAUCAAUCAAUCGGUUGAUCCGUCACUGAUUCAAUUAGUUAGUCAAUUAGUCAGACAGUCAGUUUAUCAUUUAUUUGGUUGGUCAGUUCAUCAGUCAGUCUGCUAAUUACGUUUAUUUCAAAUGAAGCCAUGAACAUCUCGAAGUCCAGUGUCGCAGGCUCACAACAGCCUCUGAGAAAGAAAAACACUACCAUUUCUGACAUCAUAUUGUCAACAAACGCAAAAUGUCAACAAAUGGUCAUUGGACAGUGGAUGUCUGGUCAUCAAUCAGUUGCCAUGCACCAGUUAUACCGUUAGUUUUACAAAAAGCGUCAUUUAAGAAAACGAUGUCAUCAUUUCAUCAACAAGUUUGUUGGACUGAUGUCACUCCUCAUGGGAAGUCAUGUCAGUGACUCGACUUCAGGCUCACAGUAAAAAGCAAAAGUGCUUAGGUUCACAUCGAAAAAAAAGCUAUCUUGCCCUCAGAUAAAAUACCAAAAAAUAAACUGGAUAUGUAAUUCAUUACCUUUUUCAGACCUUCAUUGGAUCAGACAUUACAUUUGCCGUGAAACCAUACUUCCGAGGACCUUUCUGUUCAGAUGAUGUCCGAGAGGGCCUGGUGGUAGAGUUUAUACGUCACGUGCUGCGAUCGGCUAAGGUCAGUGACGAAUGAACGAUAACGAGGCUGCCGUGACUCAAUGUUUAUAUGGCAGAUAAUAGAGCACUGUGCGAUUGAGUGUCGUAAAACCAAAACCAAAGCAAUCGCAACAGCCAAUCGUAGGAAGGAGAAACCAAUGAGAACUCGAAGUAAGCUAACCUCCAGAAGCGCGGGAAAACACAAGUGACCAUGACACGAUUGGUUUCAGUUUUUAAUCUGAUUGGUUGAGAUGGUGGAACAAUUACCGUGGAGACGAAAUAAAGCAAAAAAAGAUAAAAUCCCCGAUUACUUUCGGUACUCAAUUGAAAAUUGCUCUACGACACACGAUAUGUGGUUUAUUACAAAUAGUAUUUCCUCUGUCUCCAUAUAAGCCCGCGAAAUAAUAGAUAUUACAAUAUGCAGAUAGAUAAGUGUGUUCAUUAACUCUCACUUUGGAGAGCCAUUAAAAUCUUUCUUGCUGCUGUUUUCUUCUUCAGGAUUUUUGUGACAUUGGAACAGCUCCUCCAGCUCUUAUUCUUUUGUUAUCGAGAUUAUGUCUUGAUUUUCAAGAAUCAACCAUCUCUUAUAUGGUAUGUUAUGAACAUUGUUCUUACAAUGCUCGGAGAUUGUAGAUAAUGAUAACGCGAGGUAAUGAUAAUGUUUUUUGAGUAAAUUUUUUAGGUACGUUUUUUGGGUUGUUAAAGUUCUUUUCUUAAGGUAUAAGCACUGUUAAAACCGCUCGAUUCUUGUGGAAAAUGCAAACCACUGAAUUAGAGUAGUUAACUCGAAUAAAGGAAGCCCCGCUCGUGGUUGAUAAAUUUCGUAUCUUUUACGUAGCUGAGUCUCACUGACGAGCAAUUUCCAGUAGACGAGGAGUUGGGACGAGGAAGCCUGACAACUUCCGUGUCAGAUCUCGCUACAGAAGCUCGGCAUAUUGCACAGGUCUGUAACAGUAUUUACCGCGAUGGAAAGUGAUCGAUCUUGAGUACUGGUGCUUAAAAUACAAAUAUAAUGUUUAAGUCCCGUUGUAAGCCUGUUUUACCGGCUCCAAGGGCUUAAAGAAGUCAAAUCAUGCUCAAUCUUUUUUUUUUCAACCUGAAGAAAGCAAAAUGUCGGCUCGAUGAGAUAGAAAAGCUUUAAAGCAGGAAGUUAGACAUUGGAGAGCAACAACGAAGGCUGAAAACGGACGAGACCAAAACAGAUCACAUGAAAUAAAGAAUUAAGAUUUGAUUGAUCAAGAUCCACAAACAGUGACUUGGCUUUUCCAGAUAACCGGUUUUGCAUGGCUCUGAAACAGUCUUUUUCGUGAUAAAUAAACAAAGAUUAGGAUUUCCUUCUUUAGUUUUAACAUGCGGUAGUUUUGUCAGAUUGUUGCCCCUCAGUCGUGUUUAUGUUAUCCAUGGUUUGCUACUGUUUUUUCUCCAACAGAGCCUUUUGAAUCAUUAUGUGAGAAUGCAAGGGCUAACAAUCUCCCAGGUACGUACUGAACUGGUUGGCUUUAAGUUAAUGGAGUUCAAAGUCUUACGAUGAACGUUUGUUAUAAAUAAUUUCAUAUAAGCUGAAUACAACACCCAUUUUGAUUGGUUGUUCCUCAUGAUCUAUUGGAGGACAGACAGUAUGGAAUAUAGAUAUUGAGCAGAUGACGUGUAGUUAGUCAAUUGCUGAGAACUGUAAGUUACUAAAAGGACUAGGUCAAAACAUUUCGUGUUUUUUUUCCAUUUGCACAAAAUAUCGUUUAAAAAAGUCCUUAAAUCGAAGCAAACCACAAAAUUAAGAAAUACUAAAGCGAAGGUGAUAAACAUAGAAGGAACCAGAGUUUAAGAAGAAGGGGGACACGCUUUGAAAAUGGCCAACUUGAAAAUUUAGAUAAACAUUUCCUAAAAUCUUCAAUUUAAAUACUGAAAGAAAUUGUCAUAAUUUACUAUCAAACAUGUCUUGGGUUGAAAGGGUAGAGGGAGGGCGGUAGGGUGAAACUACAUAUUGCCAACCUUGCUAUCCCCUUAAAAUUAUACCUUAACUGAAUCAACGAUCGACAUCUUCUUCCCCCCCUCCCUUGUUGCCUCCCCGUCGCCUAGAUUAUGGCCUGUACGGUUUUCCGCAACUUGUCUGUUCCCUCAAUACAGAUGAUUCGUAAGAGCGUGGAAACACGGGACUGGCUAAACACGAUUGAACCUCGGAAUGUUCGUGCUGUUAUGAAGCGAAUCGUGGAGGACGUGACAGCUAUUGAUACACAAGUUGGACAGUUGUACGAGGAGGGUGUGCACAAAGCCCACAGUUCAGGUUUGUGGUUAAGAAAGAGUUCAUCUCUUUCCAUUAGUGAGGCGUAUAUAGUUAAAGACCUCGCUGGUGUCUCAGUAAGUCUUCAUAAAGCACUCCUUGAUUUUCCGAUUCCAGCUGCAGAUGCCAGGGGUUCGAAAUUGUCCUAAUAGCAGAGUCUCGAAGUUGUAUUUACAUCUCAUGAGACACUGUCUCAAGUGUUUUUAAAUUUUUGUUUCAGACUCCAGUAAGUUUACCUAUACAUAUCCAACCAAACCGAGCCGUAGUCAGUGGAGUUACACAGCCAGGUAACGCUCGAUUUAAGAAAAAUCUUUGCUUUUCAAAGAGAGCUUGUAGUUCUCGACUUCUGAACAUCUUGACUUCUAAAUUAAUUCUGAUGUUAUUUAAUGCCUAAAUCUUUUUUUCCAGUCUUCUUUAAAUCCUCUUGGACACUUGGAAAAAUGAACAUAAUCACUGUUUGAUCUCUUGUUCUUUGUUUCUUAUCAGCACCGCAUUCGAUUCUAGCCUUCUCAGUAACAUUCAGAAGCUGUUCUCAGAGAGAAUCGAGAUCUUUAGUUCGGUGGAAUUCUCCAAGGUCUCUGUAUUAACGGGAAUUGUUAAGAUAGGAUUAAAGGUAAGGCUGACAGUCGGUGUUUCCAGCAGUAUUUUAACGACAUGCUUUCCUUUACGCAAACCGUUUUUACUUACUGGUGGAUUUUAAGUGUUGUUUGAUUUUUAAGACUCUUCUAGAGUGUGUGCGACUUCGGACGUUUGGAAAAUAUGGUUUACAACAGAUCCAAGUUGACACGCACUACCUUGCUUUCUAUUUUACAAACCGUUUUUGCUUACUGAUGGACUUUAAGUGUUGUUUUAUUUUAAGACUGUUCUGGAGUGUGUACGACUUCGGACGUUUGGAAAAUAUGGUUUACAGCAGAUCCAAGUUGACACGCACUACCUGCAGAUGUACUUAUGGAGAUUUGUAUCCGAUGAGAAGUAAGGGCAAUUUGUAUAUAUAUGCCUGUCUCGUUUGAAUUUAGAAACUGCCCAGAAUAUCGAAGCGUGAAAUUCAUUGGUUUGAUACGCAUUCCCCGUGGGAGACUUAAGAAUUUUUCUCUGUCCUCAGCUCGUGACAAUGGGCAAAUUACGAAUCACAAUUUCCUUUAACCAUUCAUUCUGCUGGCAUCUCUGUUUUUUUCCCAGUCCGGUGGAUUUAGCCUUGUUAUCGAGCGACCCUACGAUUUUCGCCAGCUGCCCUCACAAUAAUCUUUUUUAUUUGUCAUUUGAGCAAAUGGAAUUGCGCUUUUCUUAAAUCUUAAGUUAUCAUCUCCCUUUAAUAAAAUAUUAAGGAGCCUAAUUAUGAAACAACAGCUGUUUACCGCAAUUUUCACUACUAACUACCUUAAUGACUCUAAGAAGUGUCGGCGUUCGUGGGUGAAGAAUUUCUAGAUAACUUAUUAGUUUGUUUUGUUUUUUUAAAUACAAGUUUGGUUCACUUCAUGUUGGAAGAAGUGGUCAACAGUACCGUCAAUAGAUGUCUGUCACCAGAACUAAUGGAACCCAGUGUGAGUAUAAAAUCGUCUUCCUCUGUUUCUUCAAUGUCGUUGCGACACAUCGCAGUAAAUUGCUGUAAUUUUAUUUGUGCCGCCGUGAAAUUUUCCUCACCCCCCUUAAACUCUAUAGUAUUCUUGUGAUCCCCCAAUGGUAGUAAAUUUUCUAUAGUGUAUAGGAGGGGGACGACUUAUCCCCCUCCGGUCCCACUGAAAAGCAUGUGAUCCUCCCAAAUUUUCCGACCACCCCAAGGUGAUAUAUCACGACUAAUCCCUAAGCUCUCUGGAUUGUAACCCACAGGUGAUUGAAGUGAUCUGCGAAAGAGGGUGAGAUGAGACGGAAUGAAAGAAUAAACUCAGUGCCUUACACCUUGUUGGAGAAUUUGCAAAUGCAGGACACUAUUAGUCUGAAGAUUGAAAGUCCGUUACUACACCAUCAAAUUCUUACUUCCUUCAAUCGAAUUCUCACCUGGCCCCGGUUGUUCGAAGGUUGGAUAGCACUAUCCAUUGGAUAAAACUCUAUCCCAUGGAUAACGCUAUACAUUUUGCUGUCACUUAUCCGCUGGAUAGCGAUUUAUCCGUUGGAUAGCGUUAUCCGCCCUUUAUACAACUAGGCCCUGGAGGACUCCACAUUGAUUGGAUAGAGAGAGCAAAUCUAGUUACAGUCCUACGUAUCAUAUGGACAAGAGUAACAAACGAGUCGAACAUUUCCAGAGUUAGACCAAAAUGACAUUUUAAUUGCUAUAAGGUUUUCAAGAUUUCAUCUUUUGUCCAAGACAAAGAGCUCAGGAUGGUUGAAGUCGUAUCAUAAAUAUUGUUGACAAAAAUUGAGCAAAUAAAAGUAUUCUGAAUAAGACUUCCAAGGGACACAAUUGAAAAGUCAAAGAAUAGUAAAAUAUGUGUCGUCAAGAAUUUUGCAAAAUGACUUCUACUUUCCAUGAGCUGGCAUGGCCAACAGUCUUUAUUGCACAGUACUUUUCCUUUGACCUAAAUCCUAGAUAACUUGAAUCUGGAACAUGAGGUUGACACCAACAGCAAGGGGGAGACAUUGUAGUGUAGGGGGGGGGGGAGGUUAUUUAAGGUAAUAUGGUAUUUGAUAAUCAACUACCAGCUACUAGUGGUUUGGCUUCUUGAACAUACCAGAGCAAAAUUACCCUGUGAAAGUGCAGUGUCUUGCACAGGGGCACACACAGUAACCUGGUGAGAGUCCCAAUCCAGUUUCCAGCUUACUAGUAGCCAGCAGAACAGGUGUCAUUUUUGAGUGUGUGCUCCGUAUUUCCUUGGUCAAAAUUGUGGCUGCCAUCCUUGAUUUUUAUGAAGGGGUUGAAUGGCUGCCAUCUUUGAUUUUCAGCAAGAGGUUGAAUGAUGGACACAAUAAAGCAGUAGGGAGAGGGUGGAGCAAUAGAAACUACAUUUCUUUCUGCCUUUCCCUGCCCCCCCACCCCACCC